AUGAGUACCGAAACACCGGUUAAAAAUGGUGAAGUGCAAGUUCCCGAGUCUUCACCAGCGGAAGAAUCGAAGAUUGCUUCGUCUUCGCCGCUAAAAAACAACGAUACACAGGCAUCGCUUUUGAGGGACAGAUUUGUUUACAAACCGGUUGAGAACCCAGAACUUAAUGCUGUAGAGGGCAGUGAAACGUCAGGUAGUGGGAUAGAUGCGGAAGUGGCGACGCUGUCUGGGGAAUACCCCGAAUUUUCGGAAACUUUGAUCAGAGCAGUGUUCAAAUCCAACUCGUACAACCAGAGUUUGACGCGUGAAAGACUGGAAAAAAUCCAGUCGCAGAAAACUUCGCGAUCGUGGGCCUGGAGAAGCGGUGAUAAAAAGCCUACUGCCCGGCUUGGAACGUUAGGAUCGCCCUCAGACGCAAGAACAAGUGGGAUGAGCAGAAUGGGAUACGGGUCCGGAAGAACCGUAGUUGCAUCGCCAGAAAAGUCCUCGAAAGUCACUGUUGAAAAACAGAAAACUUCCAUUUUCGAUCGGUACUCGCAUGUCAUGAACCAGCGUCACAGACCUACUAUGGAAUCUGUCGUGGUAGAUCCGUCCACAGUGGCCCAAUUGGAGUCCACAACCCGCAAGAGACGGAAACUGGUUCGUGCGGAUAACGUACGGCCGGCUCACUCGUCAAGCACCAAGAAAAGCUCUGUGUCGCUCUCUGACGAGGAUGAGGACGAAAUUAGCGGAGACGAGAACAUCAGUGGGGAAGACUAUCAGGAAAAUACGCCCGAAAUUAAUAUUGAUGCCGAAAUCUUGAAGUUCUUGAACGAGGCGGACGUGAAAGAUAUAGCUGAUCUAGCGGAUACUUCGCUGGAUAAAGCAAACAUGGUCGUCAAAAACAGGCCCUACAGCAGCUUGGAAGCAUUCAGUCAAGCAGACUUUAUAACCGAAGAUGAACUAAAAAAACAGGAAAAGAAGAAGACGACGAAACGAGGUCAAACGAAAAAGGACGGUGAGAAACUGUUAGACAAAGUAAUUCAAACCAUGAAAGGUUAUAACGCGAUUGAUUCUUUGAUCAAAAAGUGUUCGGCUUACGGGGCAUCUAUCGCCUCUCAGAUUCAGAAGUGGGGUGUCAAUGUUGAAGACAUCCAAAGUGGAGAGCUCAAUUUCAUCGAUAUUGGUGACGACAAUGAAAGUGAGGUCAGCGAGGACGACUCUCCAGUUCCAGAAACCACUCCAUCUAACAAUAGUAGUGCUAUCGUUAAAUCCAAGAAGACAAAUAUCGAUGGCGAUGAAAGCGAUAUUGAUGAUGACGAGGAAGACUAUCAGGACAGCGAGGACGAAGAUUUCCGCGCAAAGAGGAAAACGAGGGCUUCGGGCCGUGGUAGAGGUAGACCAAAGCAGACAACAGUCAAAUUUCUAAAGCAGAAGCCUAAGCUGCUCUCUCCUGAAGUAUCGCUGAAAGACUAUCAGCAGACGGGUAUUAACUGGAUAAACCUUCUCUAUCGCAAUAACCUAUCCUGCAUACUUGCAGAUGAAAUGGGUCUCGGAAAGACAUGCCAAGUCAUUGCGUUUUUAUCGUACCUAAAGCAAAACAAUGAACUCGGUCCACAUCUGAUCGUGGUUCCGUCCUCAACGCUAGAAAACUGGCUCAGAGAAUUUGCCAAGUUUUGUCCUGAUUUGAAGAUUGAGCCUUAUUAUGGGUCUCAACAAGAAAGGGCAGAGUUACGCGAAAUUUUAGAGGAUAACGAUGGACAAUACGAUGUGGUAGUCACAACCUACAAUUUGGCGUCAGGUAGCAAGUACGAUGUCUCUUUCUUAAAGAAUCGUGGAUUCAACGUUGUGGUAUACGACGAGGGCCACAUGCUGAAGAACUCGCUUUCAGAGCGAUUUUCAAAACUGAUGAAGAUUGAGGCGAAUUUCCGGCUCUUGUUGACCGGAACACCCCUUCAGAAUAAUUUGAAGGAGCUGAUGUCCUUGCUUGAGUUCAUUAUGCCCAGCCUGUUUAUUUCGAAAAAAGACGAUUUGUCGGCCGUGUUUAGACAGAGAGCCCGAACCUCUGACUCCAAUAAGGACUAUAAUCCGCUACUAGCUCAGGAAGCUGUGGCUAGAGCAAAGACUAUGAUGAAACCUUUUAUCUUGAGAAGAAAAAAGGAUCAAGUUUUAAAACACUUGCCUAGAAAGCACACCAGAAUCGAAUACUGCGAUAUGUUAGAGACACAACGAGCAAUUUACAAUCGAGAGAUUCAGCUUGUCUUAGAGCACAAGCGCAUGCUUGCAGAAAGAGACGAAGAAGGAGAAUCACCACAAGAAACCAAAAAGAACGGGAAAGCCGUGAAGAGCAAGAUGAAUAUCUCGAAAAACCUAAUCAUGUCUUUGAGGAAAGCCUCUUUGCACCCGCUGCUGUUCAGACAUAUUUACACCAAUGACAUGCUGGAUCAGAUGAGUCAAGCGAUUCUAGGCGAACCCGAUUAUGCAGAAAACGGAAACAAGGACUACAUCAAGGAGGACAUGAGCUAUAUGACGGAUUUCGAGCUACACAAAUUGUGCUUGAAUUUCCCAAAAACCCUAGGAUCAUUCCAGCUGAAAAACGACGAAUGGAUGAACUCGGGCAAAAUUCAGGUUUUGGCCAAGAUUCUCAAGGACAUUAUCGAUAACAAGAAGGAGAAGGUCUUGAUCUUCUCGCUGUUUACGCAGAUGCUGGACAUCCUAGAGUUGGCGCUGACCACGCUGAACAUCAACUUUCUGCGUCUGGAUGGCUCGACGCAGGUCAACGACCGACAGACACUGAUCGACAAGUUCUACGACGAUGAAAGCAUUCCCGUGUUUAUCCUGUCGACCAAGGCAGGAGGCUUCGGCAUCAAUUUGGUGUGUGCAAACCAUGUGAUAAUAUUUGACCAAAGCUUCAACCCUCACGACGACAAACAAGCUGCAGACCGUGCCCACCGUGUGGGACAGACAAAGACGGUGCACACCACCACGCUCAUCACGCGCAACUCCAUCGAGGAGAAGAUUCUUCAGUUGGCCAAGAACAAGCUGGCCCUCGACACUCAUAUCAGCGAAGAUGAUCCAAAGGCCGCCGAAGCUCUGGAUAAUCGCGUCAGCGACAUUCUAGAGGACAUUAUCUUUGAUGAGAACCAGUAG